GGGGCUCCCCGCGCUGACGUCACGGCGCCCCCUCCCGGCAGCCCUCGCCCAGCGUUGGGUGCGAGCCGCGCAUCGCCCUCGGGCUCCGCUCCGCUGCAGCGCUCGCCAUGUCGGUAGCCGGGCUCAAGAAGCAGUUCCACAAGGCGACACAGAAAGUGAGUGAAAAAGUCGGAGGUGCAGAAGGAACCAAGCUAGAUGAUGACUUCAAAGAAAUGGAACGAAAAGUGGAUGUUACCAGCAGGGCAGUUGUGGAAAUAAUGGCAAAGACCAUAGAGUAUCUUCAGCCCAAUCCAGCUUCCAGAGCUAAACUCAGCAUGAUCAACACUAUGUCAAAAAUUCGAGGCCAGGAAAAGGGACCAGGUUACCCUCAGGCUGAAGCCUUGCUGGCAGAUGCAAUGCUGAAAUUUGGCCGAGAACUUGGAGAAGAAUGCAACUUUGGACCCGCACUUGCAGAUGUGGGAGAAGCUAUGAAGGAGCUUUCUGAGGUCAAGGACUCCUUAGACAUGGAAGUGAAACAAAACUUCAUUGACCCACUUCAGAAUCUCCAUGACAAAGAUCUGAGAGAAAUACAGCAUCAUCUAAAGAAAAUGGAGGGUCGACGCCUGGAUUUUGAUUAUAAAAAGAAAAGACAGGGCAAACUCCCUGAUGAAGAACUUCGCCAAGCUCUGGAGAAGUUUGACGAAUCGAAAGAAAUUGCUGAGUCGAGCAUGUUCAACCUUCUGGAGAUGGAUAUUGAACAAGUGAGCCAGCUUUCUGCUCUGGUGCAAGCUCAGCUGGAGUACCACAAGCAGGCCACACAGAUCCUACAGCGAGUUACUUCUAAGCUGGAAGAUAGAAUAAAAGAGGCGUCAUCUCAGCCCAGGAGGGAAUACCAGCCCAAACCCCGUAUGAGCCUGGACUUCACAACUGGUGACAAUACUCAGCACAAUGGAGGAAUAUCCCAUGCCACCACACCCAAACCAUCAGGUGCUCACAUGGAUCAGCCCUGCUGCCGAGCACUGUAUGACUUCGAACCAGAAAAUGAAGGGGAGCUGGGAUUUAAAGAGGGUGAUAUCAUUACUCUCACUAACCAGAUUGAUGAAAACUGGUAUGAGGGAAUGCUUCAUGGCCAGUCAGGUUUCUUCCCCAUCAAUUAUGUUGAUAUUCUAGUUCCGUUACCCAAUUAGAAUGGCUGAUCCACCACUUCUGACCCAGAUAGUUGUGUCAGUACCACUGCUUUCAAAAUGCUGCUUCUUACACCUUACAAGUGCAACUUGCAGUGGUUAGAGUCAUUGAUUCCCACUAAGCAUCUUUGGUUUACGUGUUGUCAUACUACAUGGUGAUGCGUGUUAUCUUCUGAGCCAGCACAGUGUGGGUUAGUUUAUUGACCAUGCUGGCCUGGUGGUAACCAAAGCCAUUAUUACUAAGAUGAAGCUGGGGAGAUGAUGGUGAGCAAAGCAGGUGACUCAUGAGGAAGUAGCUGGAAGUGAAGGUGGUAUUGGGAAGAUAAUACCUAUCACCACUGUAUUAGUUUUCAGUCUUAGUUCUUUAUAAAAAGAGGGAAAAGUUCUUGCUGUUCCACCUUUCCCUUCUAAAUGAUACAGUUCACAGGGGUCUAACAUUGACUAACCAGAAUUGUAUCUUCCAACCAAACUGGCUUGCUGUUCUCACAGAGACAGUGUAAAUGUAGACCCUCUGGUUUCUCAAGGUGAACCACUGUAAUGCGUGUCCUCCUGCUCUCUGCUCCCUUUUAGAUAAUUAUUGUUGAAAGGCCUAUUUCCAUCCAGAGGUAAACUGUAAACCAUAAAAUGGGGAUUCCUGUAGUAAAAACGUUGGACCACGAAGCACCUGAAUUUGCCCUUCAGGGACUUUGAGCAUGCUCACCAAAAUGCCAGUAAAAGGGCAAGAUGGGGAAUAAAACUGGCAUUUGUUAACUGUUUCUUGUCAAGUCUUGGCACAAAAUGUUGCUGCUUAAGCACCAGAUAUCCUUUGUAAACUUCUUCACUGAGGAAUACAAUAACCAACCAAACACAACCCUCACUUCAUUUGUUUCUGUCUACCAUGUGUUCUUCGAACAUCAUUUGUGCAUAUUCUGCCCUCAAUGAGGACUAAAUAAAACUUGUUACCUUUUUGUGUUGAGCAAUUGAAGACAUGUGGCUGUAUAUGCAAAAACAUUUCCCAUGUGAUUAGUUGGUUCUCUUGUGUUCCUCCUGCCUGCACUUUGUGUGUACAGUGCUGUGCCUAGCUUCUUGGCAUUCUUUUGGUAAUAGUUGCAGAAGUUCUGUUAGUUUAGUAAUCCAGAGUUCUAUUUAUCUAAAUUGUACAGACUGUUUCAGAGGUUUAAUGUGUUGCUUCGAAUGUGCCACUUCAGUACUGGAUGAUGUGAAAUAAAGACAAUCCCCUGCUGCUUAAUGUAUAAACUAUAUCAUGGAAAGUAUUGAUAUUUCAAAUAAAUGCUGAGAGAAUAACUAGAAUAAUGUGGAUUAUUACUUUGUUGCUUUCAAAUCUGUUAUGCUAACUUCAGCUAACAAGAAUGUUAUUUCAGGAGGAAUAUUGCUCAUUUCCUGUAAUUGUGAAAAAUGCUUUUUCUGUCAUUAUGAUAUUGCUUCACUCAAUUUAAACUCAUACAU